CUCCUUCGUCGUGCUGUUUAUGGUCUCAAACAGGCACCCCGCGCUUGGUUUGAGUGUUUUCGCGAUGUUGUGCUCAAAGCGGGCUUUAUAGAAAGUCAUCAAGAUGCUUCUCUGUUUGUUCGCACUACAUCGCGUGGCAGGGUUUUAUUACUCAUCUAUGUAGAUGAUAUGAUCAUUACAGGUGAUGAUAUGACAGGUAUACAAUACGCAAAAUCUCAGUUGCAACAACAGUUCCACAUGAAGGAUCUUGGAUCUCUUCGGUAUUUCCUUGGUCUAGAAAUUUCUCAAGGCCCGCGGGGUGUAUUACUGUCUCAACAGAAGUAUCUCUCAGAUAUUCUAAAUCAAGCUGAGUUAACUGAUAAUACAACUGUCGAUACUCCACUCCAGCAGAAUGUCAAACUUUGCUCUACUGACGGUGAGCCUCUAUCUGAUCCUACCCGAUAUCGACAUCUUGUUGGUCAGUUGGUCUAUUUGUGCAUCUCUCGACCAGAUAUCUCUCAUGCUGUUGGUAUUGUCAGUCAAUUUGUUAGUGCCCCACGUUCUGUACACUAUGCUGUCUUAUUACGGAUUCUUCGGUACCUCCGGGGUACUAGCACUCGCUCACUUUUGUUUUCUGCUACAUCUAAGUUAGAGCUUUGUGCAUAUUCUGAUGCUGAUUGGGCUGGUGAUCCAACUACCAGAAAGUCUACCACAGGUUAUUGUAUAUUUCUUGGUGAUUCCCUUAUUUCCUGGCGAAGUAAGAAACAAGAUGUUAUUGCUCUUUCCAGUACUGAGGCAGAGUAUCGUGCAAUGUCCACAACAGCUAAAGAGAUUAUUCAUCUUCGUCGCCUUCUCAGUGAUUUCGGUAUUUCUGUUACGACUCCUACUCCUCUCUACUGUGAUAAUAAGAGUGCCAUCCAGAUUGCUAAUAAUCCAGUAUUUCAUGAAAGGACCAAACAUAUU